AUGUUGAAUAAAAAGAAAACAAGACAAGAAAGUCUUUUCCGACGAGUAACAAAUAAAAGAAGUUCAAAUUUACCACAACAUGGAAUGGUUGAAAGAAAAAUUCGAGUUGUUAAAAAGGGUCGCGUGAAGGCGUUAAGAAAGCCCACAGUUUCAAAGGCAUUUCUUUCUGAUCUCGAAGGUGUUGAUGUAUUGAUAGUAGCAUAUGAAAUUCAUAUUUUUAUUUUUAACAUCAUUCUCUAA